AAUUUUCAUUUCCCAAUCAAAACAAAAAAAACCCCAAAAUGGCACUUCUCAAAUUUCUUAUGUGCUCUGUUUUUGUUCUUACCUUCACUGCCCGAGCUGCCCACAUGUCGCCCUCGCCGCCUGUCAAGGCCGCUUAUUGGCCCUCAUGGUUUUCAGAAUCUUUCCCACCCUCCGCCAUUAACACCGCUCUCUUUACCCAUAUCUAUUAUGCCUUUCUCAUGCCGAGUAACCGUUCCUUCACUUUUGAUUUGCCCGAAACUACCAAGGCGGAGCUUUCCCAGUUUACCUCUUCUCUUCGGCGGAAGAAUCCACCGGUGAAGACUCUGUUUUCAAUUGGCGGCGGCGGUAGCGACAGUGAUCUGUUUGCUCGUAUUGCUUCCAAUGCCAAAUCUCGUCAAAUUUUCAUCGAUUCAAGCAUCAACACAGCGAGGAAAUUCGGAUUUGAUGGGUUGGAUAUCGAUUGGGAAUUUCCUAAAGACACAACCGAGAUGGAAUAUUUCGCGGAUUUAAUAACUCAGUGGCGGAAGACAAUCGACAGGGAAGCAAAAUUAACUUCACGGCAGCCGCUUUUGCUCUCUGCCGCCGUGUAUUAUGCGUCGGAGUUUCGGACAUACGGCGAGCCCCGGUCUUUCCCGGCGGCGGCGAUUUCAAAAAGUCUUGAUUGGAUCAACGUUAUGUGCUUCGACUAUCAUGGGUCCUGGGACACGACGGCGACUGGAGCUCAUGCGGCAUUGUUUGACCCACACACGAAUUUGAGCUCCCAUUACGGGCUCCGGUCAUGGAUCUCAGCUGGCGUGCCUCGGAGCAAGAUGGUUAUGGGAAUUCCUCUGUAUGGGAAAUCUUGGACUUUGAAGGAUCCUUAUGUUCAUGGCGUCGGAGCACCCGCCGUCGGUGUCGGUCCCGGCGACCAAGGGAUUCUAACUUAUGUCCAGGUAAAAGAGUUCAACGAAAAAACAAAGGCAACCAUAGUAUACGAUAUACGAACUGUGUCGGCGUAUUCGUACAUAAACACUUCAUGGGUUGGAUAUGAUGAUGUUAAGUCAACGACGACCAAAGUGGAGUUUGCUCAAGCAAAUGACUUACGUGGCUAUUUCUUUUGGGCGCUCAGUUACGACAGUGGCGAUUGGGAAAUUUCCACUCACGCUUCAAAGGCAUGGGUUGAUGAUCAAUAUUGAGAUUUGAGGAUUGAUGACCAAUGCUAAGUAGUUUCAAAUAAAUGGGUUUUGCUGGGGGCUGUAUUGUUUUUGUUUUGUAUUUGAUUGUUGAAUAGUAUAUGAUCACCAAAAUAUUAAAUAACAUAUUAUUAUUACAAAGCUAA